CCACUGUAGAAGAAAGAUGCUACAGGCACAAUUUAGAGGUAUUAUGAGAUGAUAUCUCCGCCCACGGCCCCCGCCCACCAGGGGGGAAUAACACCAGUCAAGUCACUCUGCAGAUAAGUCCUGGGACAAAGACUGGAAUAUACUGUAUGCAGCAAGUUAGGACAGCAGGGUGAUUUUUCAACUUUGGACACGGAAAGGCACCUGCAGCUGCUAAAGAAUCCUUGAAAUCAUGUAAUGUGCAGGCCUUUUACAAAUUUUGUUGCUCAAACCUGAAAAAUGUUUUAACGGGAUACAGAUUUUUUUGUACCUUUGUGGCUGUAGCACUCCAAAACAAUGGCUUUGACUGACUGAAGCAGAAUCAUGUGGGGAGACAUCUCCAUGACUGAAAGCCAGGAUGUGUUUUCAUGAGUCAAGCAAAUGAUCUUCUUCGCCGGGACCUCUGGGAUUCUACAUGUGGAUGUUUUAAAAUAGGCUCUGACAGACCUUCAGCACACUGUUGGCACCAUGCCUUACCAUGAUGAGGAGUACCCAGGUCAGCCUCUGUGGCAGUCUGUGCUGCUCUUCUGCUGUAAGGGCAUGAUCGAGGGCAUCAUGGUCGUACUCUUCUUCUGGCUCCUGGUGCAAGUCCUUUUCACCAAACAUCUAGAAGUUCACCUCCAAAUUCUUCUUCUGGUUGGACUGACAGUCUUUUGUCUGUGCUUGGUCCUGGGAUGUAUUCUGUGCUUGAGGACAAGUCAGAUAUGUGCAGUGACAGACAAAGAUCCUGUGACGUCAGCACCGGCUCCUGCUGAACCUGUGACCUUUACUCAGACUCCGCCUCCCUCAGCAGCGACGGCGGCGUCCAGGCAGCAGUACGAGGAGUUGGAUGGAGACACAGUGGAGUAUCCCUCCACUUUCACCAGCCCUACCCCUUCAGAGGGUGAAUUCAGUACUCAGUCGUCCUCUAAACGAGCCAGAGCUGCCUCUGAACAGAAGGAGCAGCAGAAGUCUUAUUUUUCCCUGCGCCGCCUCAGCACGCCACCACUAACAUCACCCCUUUAUAAACCCAUAGAUCCCAGUCCUGCUUCCCUGCCUACAUUUCCCAAACUGGGACUGUUGUCCAAAACAUGUAAGGCCCUGCACAGGCGCUGCAUGCUGACUGGAGAUAAAACAUCUUAUAAUGAACACAGCAGGCUCACCAGCCCCAGUGCUGUCUCUCCUUCUAUGCCUGAAGAACCAAUCCCGCUGGCUCCACUGAGCUACGGCUCCAGUGCCAGCUGCCAACAGCCAGUAUCACCAAAACCCUGCCUCCAUUUCACUAUGGCCUUCUCUCCAGAGCAGCAAACCCUGGCAAUCACUAUCCUCAGCCUCACUGGGACACCACACAGACUGGAGGACGUGUCUGUGCUGGGCAGCCUGCUGCCUCUGUACCCCUGUCCCGUACAGGCCUCUGCACAGAGCAGCCCUGAGACCCACAGCCUGGUGCUGCUUCUGAAGGUGAGCUCUGUGAAGGAGCUCCAAAAGUGUGUACUGAGAGUAGCCGUAUACACACAGGAACCUCCCAGCAUGAGAGACACCACACUGGGUGAACUGGAGGCUGAGUGUGGAGGAAGGGACUGGAGAGCAGAGCAUCCAUUUCACUUCACAAAAGAGCUCAACCCAAACAAGUGGAAGCUGAAAAAGACUCUGAUCCCACAGGAUGCAGCGAUGUGUAAGGGGCUUAGCUGUCCUCCACAGAUCUUCAUUUUGCUUCAGUAUCAGCCUCUGGGCCAUCGCAUCAAAGCCACGGUCCUCAGAGCAGAUAACCUAGACAGCCUUGUUCACACUUUUGCAGCAGCAGAACACCAGGUGGUGAUCAAUCUGCAUCAUGAAGGAGUCGUGAUCUGCAGCAAAGAAACUGAAGGAGGAUCCUGUACUGUGUGGAACACUUCUUUCCUGUUUGACCUGCCUCCAGGAGACAUCAGUCAGCUGCCCCUCAUGCUUGAGUUCAUAAUCAUGCAGGUCCUUUCAGAGGGCAAAGUCCUUGGUCGAGUCCUGAUCGGAGCAGAGGCUGCAGACGCAGGACGUGCUCACUGGAGGGACAUGUGCAGCCUGCAGGUGGAGCAGGCACGCUGGCACACUGUGCAACCAGAGCCUCUAUAGAUCUCUGACACAGGUGUCCUGUUUGUAAUGUCCUGAGGCACUGUAUGAACUCCAUGUGCACCUAAAAUAAGCUAUUACAGGUCACCUUUGCCAUGAAAUGCAUACAGCUAAUGUUUCACUUAAAUGAUGUGUUUACUGACAGUUCUAACGGGCAGAUAUAUGGGCACUGCACUCAACAAUAAAAUCUCUACAAUGGCCUUAUUUCAGUGUAUCAACCUGUGAAUUCUCCCAUAGGUAGGUACAGUAAGUGCACACAGUGACCUUUGGAACAGCACAAUGUAAGUUCAGUUUGCAGGCUUAUACAGACUGUUUGUGACACAUUACCUAGAACAGACUUUCUAUAUGGAUCUUGAACAAUUUGUCUCUUAUAAUCGUUCUCUUCUAGUAAACAAAGGAAAACAUGAAGGUAAAUGAACUGAUCUUAAUUGAAAAAUAAUGAAGCAUUAUUCCAGUAUUUAGUCCUUGUAACUAAAAUACACGUUGUCAUUCAUUUGAACAUGUAAUACACACAAAUGUACCUAAUCUUCCCUCAUGUUCAUUUUAUAAUUUUACUGUUCUUUAAAGAUAAAAAUGUUGGCUGUGGGAUUUUCUGAAUGUUUAAAUGAUGUGAAGAAUUAUAUCAUGUCAUAUAAAUAAAACACACUUUUGCCUGA